UCGCAGUCCUGCUCAGUCCUGCACUGAGGACGCCACACUGGCUGCUGCUGCCGCUGGGAAACUUUUAGAUCACCAGAAGUAUUGAGACUCGUUCCUACCUCCAUCACUUUAUCAGCAGUUGUUCAGAUGGAAGGCCACCAACUAAUCAUCUGCUUUGCCAAAAUGCACUAUCUGCCGUCCGCCCUCUUGUAAAAUGGCUGCUCAUGGCCUUUUUCUGCAACUGAACACCAGGGAGCAGAGCCGCUUGUUACCAUGGUGAUCAUUUUCUCAAAAACACUGGAAAAGAAGAAGCGUGUCAGUGAUGUAACGUCCAAGAGCAUCGAGAGACGGCUGAGUGAGCUCCACACCAUGAGCAGAGGGACCACCCUCUUCUCCUGUGGAACCGUCGAGGCGGACAGAUGGCUGGACUCGGGGCAAAGCUGUGCCAUCCAGCAGAGGGCUUCAUUUCAGACCGAUUCUAGUCUGGAGAGCCUUUGGGAUGUGAUUCCUGAGUCUGGGAGUCGGCAGUGGGCCAAAGAACCCGGCAGUGCCACCGCUAUCACCAACUUGAUAAGAGAUCUGAGUCUGGGCAACAGCGGCGCCCACAUGACGUCCACCACUGCACAAUACACCACUACAGCCACCAGCCAUGCUCCCGCAGCCCCCCCAAGCAAACGUCAGUGUCGCUCGCUGUCAUUGUCUGACGAGUUCAGCGGCUGCCGCUCAUCUUGGAGGCCUCAGGGUUCCCGGGUCUGGACGGCGGUGGAGAAACGCAGGUGUUACAGUGGAGGAAGUGUCCGAGGAGGAGCGGGAGGCCAUUUUCCCACCAUGCAGCGUAGCUCCAGCUUCAGCUUACCCUCACGCUCCAGCCUCCCCUCAGAUGGCACCCUGGACCUGCCGUUCUUCAACCAGCAACUGCCUCCUCAUCCUCAGUUCACGGCGUCUCCCGUCUCCCCGACCUCUCCUUCCUCCCACAGUCACAUCUUCCUCAGGCCCCUCUCUCUUUCCCACGAGCAGAUCAGCCUGACAGAGCUACAGGGGGAAGAGGCAUCGGAGGCCAGCUCCCCCGACUCCACCCCGGAGCUGGGGAGGCGAGCUAAAAAGGGAGCAGGUGGGAAGGGGUGUCUCUCCCGGAGCAGGUCCCAGCCUUGCGUGCUGAAUGACAAAAAGAUUGGCAUGAAGCGCAGGAGACCAGAAGAUGCCCAGGAGCAGCGCCCCUCCCUGGACUUGGCAAAGAUGACUCAGAAACGUCAGACCUUUCAGAGCUUGAGCUGCCCCGGAUUCUCAUCUUCUGACAGUUGGUCAUCGAGGCUGCCCCCGUCCUCCUGCGAGGCCGCCAAUCAGUCGAGGUCAGACUUCACUGCCGUGCCCGAGCGGAGCCUUGCGGCACGCCAGGAUGUGACGGCAGAUCACGAGGAAGCGGAUUCGUCCUACGAGGAGCUGGAUAGCGAUUCUGCUUGUAGCGUGGACUCGCUGCCCAGCUCUCCGGGUUGCAUUGUGGACAGUAAAUGCUCCGUAUGGAUGGGCGACUGCGGGACACAGGGGGACAUUUUCCAGCUCGGGGGAGAGUUGGAUCUGGAACAGAUUGAAAGAAACUGAAUAUAAUUAGGUGAUUUUUAAAGAGACUGUGUCUGUGCUGUUUUAGAAAGCUAUGUUUGAUUGUACUAAAGCAUGACUACCAAGAUGGGCUGCAAGAAAAAGAAUAAUUUGAAAGGGAAAGUUAUCAGAAGGACUGGGAAAGUGAUGGAUGAUAAAGACUCGAGUAUGUUGUUGAUGCCUGGCUCCUUAAUGACACAUUUGCCUUGAACAUUCUUACUGUUUGAAUCAAAAAGCAGUGUCCUAGUUGCUUUUUAGGGGGGAGGGGGUAUUAGACUUAACUCAGGAGAGGAAAAGUGAGGGUUAGUCUUAAAGAAAACAUCUCCCAGCCUUCACUGUCUUUCCAACCUGGUGAUCUAAGGUUUAUAGUACUGUAGCAGUAGCUUGGCUCUCACAUAUUUAGCUUGUGUUUGCUUUUUAGCGAAAUUGGAGGAUACGGUGAAACAGGAGUCGGCAACGAGAAGAAAGAAUCAUCUUCUCAGAGCCUUGUCUUUCCUCUUCAUCUUUUGUGCACACACCUGUAUACCUUUUUUGUAUGAAUUUAGACUCAAUAAGCUUUAUGAAGAGUUCACAAAAUGAAAAGUGCCUUCCUUUGGAUGUAUGCUCUGUAGCUCUCUUCAAGAAACCUGCCUCACUCAAAGCCACCCUCUCAGACAGAUAUUGAUAUGCAAAUUUUAUAUUUGAAUUAAACACUGAACCUCAUCUUUUGAGUUCUAACAGCAGUGUGUAUUUUUCUACAUUUUUUUUUUUUUUUAAUGAGUUGUUUGUGAAGGAAUACGAUUUUAAAUGUCUUUCUUUUAACAGAAUGGGAUGUGAAAUAAAUUCACAACAUGCA